AUGGAUUUCAGAACCGCCUGUGAGGAGACAAAGACAGGGAUUUGUUUGCUGCAGGAUGGUAAUCAAGAGCCUUUCAAAGUCCGGCUGCACCUAGCCAAAGAUAUUUUGAUGAUCCAGGAGCAGGAUGUGAUAUGUGUGUCUGGUGAGCCUUUCUAUUCCGGUGAAAGAACAGUGACCAUCAGAAGACAAGCAGUGGGAGGAUUUGGAUUAAGCAUCAAGGGAGGAGCGGAGCAUAACAUUCCAGUUGUCAUUUCAAAAAUUUCCAAGGAGCAAAGAGCGGAACUCUCAGGACUACUCUUUAUUGGUGAUGCAAUUCUUCAGAUAAAUGGAAUUAAUGUGAGAAAAUGCAGACAUGAAGAAGUGGUUCAGGUUCUGCGGAAUGCGGGAGAAGAAGUGACCCUUACAGUGUCAUUUUUAAAAAGAGCACCUGCUUUCCUCAAACUCCCACUGAAUGAAGAUUGUGCAUGUGCUCCAAGUGACCAGAGCAGUGGUACCUCCUCUCCUCUGUGCGACAGUGGCUUGCACCUCAACUACCACCCCAACAAUACAGACACCUUGUCGUGUUCCUCGUGGCCUACAUCUCCAGGCUCCAGAUGGGAGAAGCGGUGGUGCGACCUCAGGCUGAUUCCUCUGCUUCACUCACGCUUCUCUCAGUACGUGCCCGGGACAGAUGUGAGUCGGCAGAAUGCCUUUCAAGUCAUUGCAGUGGACGGAGUCUGCAGUGGGAUUAUCCAGUGCCUCUCUGCUGAAGACUGUAUUGACUGGUUACAAGCAAUAGCAACUAAUAUUUCAAACCUCACAAAGCACAAUAUUAAAAAAAUCAACAGAAACUUUCCUGUAAACCAGCAGACAGUCUACAUGGGCUGGUGUGAAGCACGGGAACAGGACCCCCUUCAAGACCGACUGUAUUCACCAACGUUUCUAGCCCUGAGGGGUUCAUGUCUUUACAAGUUUCUGGCACCUCCAGUGACCACCUGGGACUGGACCCGGGCAGAGAAAACAUUUUCAGUUUAUGAGAUUAUGUGCAAGAUUCUCAAGGACAGUGACCUGCUGGACCGGCGGAAACACUGCUUCACCGUGCAGUCCGAGUCUGGGGAGGACCUCUACUUCUCCGUAGAGUUAGACUGCGACCUUGCACAGUGGGAAAGAGCCUUCCAAACAGCAACCUUUCUAGAAGUGGAACGAAUACAGUGUAAGACAUAUGCCUGUGUGCUAGAAAGUCAUCUAAUGGGACUCACCAUUGACUUCAGCACAGGAUUCAUCUGCUUCGAUGCUGCAACAAAGGCUGUACUUUGGAGGUAUAAAUUUUCUCAGCUUAAAGGAUCUUCAGAUGAUGGCAAGAGCAAAAUCAAAUUUUUGUUUCAGAAUUCAGAUACUAAACAGAUUGAAGCAAAGGAGUUGGAAUUUUCAAACCUAUUUGCUGUUCUUCACUGCAUUCACUCAUUCUUUGCUGCCAAAGUAGCUUGUUUGGACCCUCUAUUUUUAGGCAGUCAAGCUACUGUUGCUGCUGCUGCCAGCUCUGCUUCUACAAGCAAAACAAAGUAUACAACUUGA